CUUUGCUGCUCGGCUCUUGGGGUUUCCAUCUCCCCCCGCUCUCUCUCUCUCUCUCUCUCACACACACACACACACAUUCUCUUACAUUCAAGCCAUGGCGGAUGUUGAGACGGAGGUCGCCGGCGGUCAGCCGAAGAGAAGAACGUUCAAGAAGUUCAGUUUCAGAGGGGUCGAUUUGGAUGCUCUCCUCGACAUGCCAACGGAAGAGCUGGUCAAGCUUUUCCAUGCUCGUGCACGGAGACGGUUCCAGAGAGGCUUGAAGAGAAAGCCUAUGGCUUUGAUCAAGAAGCUGCGCAAGGCGAAACGUGAAGCCCCACCUGGUGAAAAGCCAGAGCCAGUCAGGACACACUUGCGCAACAUGAUCAUUGUACCUGAAAUGAUUGGAAGUAUUAUUGGUGUUUAUAAUGGAAAGACCUUCAACCAGGUUGAAAUCAAGCCAGAGAUGAUCGGCCAUUAUCUGGCAGAGUUCUCCAUCAGCUACAAGCCUGUUAAGCACGGGAGACCAGGUAUCGGUGCCACCCACUCGUCUAGGUUUAUUCCUCUCAAGUGAUGCGCUUCUUCAGAUUUUCUUUUGGGGGAACUUUUGGGAGUGCCUUGUAGUACUUCUUUGCCUUUAUGCUUUACAAAUUUUGACUGUACUAGCUGCUACUGCCCAUGUGACUAGUGAGGCAAAUUUUUCUACUUCAGUUAAGCCGAUAGUUGAUUGAUUAGCGCA